CGCCAACAUGCGCUUCGACACUAUUGCAGCAGUCGUCUUGGCGACAACGACGACCGCACUCGCAUACUCCAAAAAGAAUGAUGCGGUCAAGCUCUCUCAAGUUAAGACCUUGACUCUACGCAGUGACGCCAAAACCUCUCAUCGCCGCGUGUCAGCCAUACCUCAGCUCAAAUGCGUCGGCGGCAAUGCCAGAGGGAAGUACGAAGUCGAUGUCAUGAGAUGCACCAACUCUGGAUCUGAGUACGAUUCUGAAGAUGUCCAAUGGACGUGCAAGGCAAGCCUGCCUCCGGAAUUCAAGCUGGGAAGCACAGACGUCAUCUGUGAGGGCUACGACUCUCCGAAUGACCCAUACAUUCUCAAAGGAUCAUGUGGUGUCGAGUACCGGCUCAUGCUUACGCCAGAGGGGGAAACAAAGUACGGCACACAGCGAGCAUGGCGAUCGAAGCCGGACUCAUAUUCUGGAAGCGAUGUUAACGAUACGAUUCCGACGCUAUUGUUCUGGCUAUUCUUCUUGUUCGUGGUCGGUGUGAUCAUCUACAGCGUCUGGAAUGGUGGCCGCAACAAUCAUGGCAAUGCUGGUCGCCGUACAGGACGCGGUGGCUGGGGAGGUGGUGGAGGUGAUGACGGUAGUAACGAUGAUCCUCCACCACCGUACACGCCUCGAGCCCAGCCAAAACCGAAGACUUACAGCAAUACCAGAUCUUCAAGCUCGAGCUCUAGCAAUAAUCAACAAUGGCGGCCAGGUUUCUGGUCUGGCACAGCCGCCGGCGCAGCAGCAGGAUACGCAGCAAGCCAAUUUGCCAACCGCAACAAUCGGACCCGCUACGAGGACCCGCAACCAGGCCCAUCAAGCUGGUUUGGAGGAGGCCGCCGUCAACCUGACUACCGAGAAACAGAACCUUCGGGAUGGUUCGGUAGCAGCAACAGGUCACCUAGCUACGGAGGAGGGUCAAGCUGGGGAGGCGGCUCCUCCACGCCAAGCAGCAGUAGGCAUGAAUCUACAGGAUUCGGAGGCACGAGGCGACGCUGAGAGCACUUUCUUUUGGACAAUCAGAUCUGCCACUGCAGCACUCCUUCCUCUUCUACAACGAGCCCUCACUACACAAGACCUCGAUCGCACUCGAGGAAACGCCAAUCUUCAUCAGAAGGCACUUCGUUUUUGACCCAUUCGAUUGGAGCACCUCCACAACCAACCCAUACAGCUCGAGUCCAUCCUCCAAUAUCUGGACUUCGGCCUCGUCGGCUUAAAGCCAGAGCUCGAAAUCUGUCCUGCGAUCUUCAGGUUCGAGAAGCACUACUUAUGAGAGCAUUACGUACAUUACUAGUACAGGAUACGGAGGCACGAGCAGGCGAUAAGAAGACUAUGACUGGAAUGAAGACCAGGCGAGUGGAGUGCUUUGAAAGAUACCCUUGGCCUUCGCUUAUGUAUCACUUGAUUGAGAUUGACGUGUCUAG